AUGAAGUUUGUUCUGAUUUUCCUAUUGGCAACAGUUGUAUCAGCUGGAUUUUGGGAUACGAUAGUCGAAAAAGGUUGGUUUACCAUCAUUUUAAGAUUUUCUAAAUUUUCUAGUAGUAUUAUAAUUGACUAAUUACUUACAGUAUCCGGAGCUGCUGAUACCGUCGGAGAUGCUGCUUCAGAUACCUGGAACAAAACUAAAGAUGUUGCAUCGGAUGCAGCUGAUACACUUCACGAAACAGCAUCUGACACUUGGAACAAAACCAAGGAUUUUGCAUCUGACACAGCUGGAACACUUCACAGCGCUGCUUCCGAUACUUGGAAUCAGACAAAAGAUCUAGCAUCUGACGGAUUCCAAGGAGCUAAAUCAAUCGCAUCAUCAACUUGGAACCAAACGAAAGAUCUGGCUUCUGAUGGUUUCCAAAGCGCCAAAUCAGCUUGGAAUACAACAAAAGAUUUGGCAUCUGACGGAGCAGAUCUUGCAUCAAAUAGUUGGGGAGAUGCAAAAGAUCUAGCAUCUGGAACAUGGAACAAGACCAAGGAAUUCGCGUCGAGUGGAGCUGACGCGGUUGAGGAUGCGAUUUCCCGCGCAAAAAGAGGAUUUGUAGAUCAAGCUGAGCAAUAUGCUGGAAAUGCUCUGGAUACCAUUGAAAAAGAUGCAGUGAUUGGAAAAAAUGAAGUUGUGACAACUGAGGAAGGAUUAUUUGAUAAAAUAAAGAAUGCUCUUUGA